AUGCGGAGCUCCAUCCGCGGGACCUCCGCCUUCGAAGCCUUCCUCCGCUUCGGCGACGACAGAAAUUACACGGCCGACGGCGACGUAACCAUUCCUAUGCGCGACAGCGUAGCAGGCGAGCACGGCGCGAUGCAGGCUAUUGUGCUGGGGCACGCUGCCAACUCUGAGGCUCCCAGGUUAAGAGAGAGAGGAGGCACGUGGGGAAACGACGACGACGAGACGCUGAGCGAUCACCAUGUCAACGCCGCAAGUUCCGCGAAGGGGCCUCAGCGGGCGAAGAUCGUUGGACGAGCUAUCGAUGGGCAUCCGAGCGAGGCUGGCUUCCUUGUAGAAGGGGGAACAAAUGGGUUGGGGUAUUGGAGGGGGGAUGAUGUUAGUAGUUUGGCUACCAGUCGGGUGUUUGCUGGGAUGAUACGGUGA